AUGAAGACUGCAGCCGUCCUAGCCUCAGCCAUCUCCUUGGCCGCCGCCUUUCCCCAGUCUCUGGGUAGAAGGGCAGGCAAUGAGAGCAUCCUCGUCGAUGAGGCUCCUCAGUAUGCUCGACCAUAUGCUCUGCGCAAGGGCAGCGGUCAGGCAGUCCAGGUCGGCUCCCAGAUCUAUCGCUUCUCGGUCACCGGCAACUCCUCGGACGGCGCGUUCACGCUGAUGCAGACCAACGCUGCGACCGGCGCCGGCCUCGGUGUCUUGCCUCACAUCCACAAGACGCACUACGAGAACUUCUACUGCACCAAGGGCAGAGUCCAGCUCUGGGCCGAGACUGAUGCCGCCGGCGAGUCUGCUCGUCUGCUGUCCCAGGGUGACUACGGUGCCGUACCGCACAACACUACCCACACCUUUCAGAUAAUGGACCCCGACACGCAGCUCACGGGUGUCAUUCAGCCUGGUGGUUUCGAGGCGCUCUUUAUCGCGCUCGCCUCGGACACAUUCGACUCGGCCGUGGGCUCCGAGUACAUUCCUGCGGAUAUCUCGGACACGACCGCCUCGGACUCGUCGGUCAUUUCUGCUCUCGAGGCCUUUGACGUGUAUGCUCAGCUCGACUUCAACCCGCGCCGCGACCUCGUCAACGGCAGCGCCGGCGGUGCCGGCAAUUGGCACAAUGGCUCCAACUCGCUGGCCGCCGACGCCACGACCCCCAACUUUGUCGCCAAGGGCUGGGGACCCAAGUACCUCAACACGGACGGUGGCAUCUACCGCAUCAUGUCGCCGCUGGCCACGGGUGAUCAAACAGCCGGCAACUUCACCAUGGGUAACAUGGUCAUGAGCCGCAUGAUGUCCAACAUGACGGCCGAGACCGUCUCGUAUCCGGCGGCCGUGGCCUUCCAGCUCGAGGAGGGGCAGCUCGUCGUCGAUGUCGAUGGCUACGAGAGCGUCUCGCUGAUCCAGGGCGACGUCAUCUUCAUUCCCGCCGAGACCUCGUUCAGCUACUACGCCGACGCGGCCUACACCAAGGUGCUGUACGUUACCGGAGGUGGCGAGGGCUGCAUGGACUACGAGCUCAUGGCUAGGGCCGAGUCUUGGAACUACACAACCUACCCAGUCGAGGCAGGAUACAAGGCCAAGUACUAA